AUGACGUGUUCGUCCCCCAGAAUGCCGGCAGCCGUCAGCUUUGGUCCAUCCGCCACCGUCACUUCCACGACAUCAGGCACCGUUCUCCCUCCCAGCUUCCACCCACUUAACACCCGCACUCCCCGGGACCGAGGAGCGCCGCCUUCGACAGGUUUGGUCUCCGAAAUGGCCCUCGGGCUUAACAGUUUACAGAGGAACAUGCUGGGUCAUAGUGCAUGUAGACCGCUCACCGGCGGACACCUGGCGGCCAGGGGAGGUCACUCGACUACUGGACCGACGUCUAACACCGCCAUUCCUUCACUCAACAGAGACCCUCCUCCAGAUCUGACACGCGCUACCAUAGCAUCCCUGAACUCCGCCAUGUUGCAGCAGCCGAUACCUGGAUGGAAUGGUCUGGGAUACUUUCCGAUGGUGCCGAUGGAAGCUUUGAACGCUGGUCAGUUGGCGGGAUUCGGACCUUGGUCUGCUAAGGAGCCGAUAAUUAAUAGAGACUAUCUAGAACUGGCCAUGUUAGUUUGUAAUACGUUCAGGGGCAAACUGUUCCCGUGCCCACACUGUCGCUACGUCACAGACCGGCGGAAUAACUUGAAGAGGCAUAUCGCCACCAUGCAUGAGACUUGUGAGAAAGUGCUGGAGUGCUGUGGUGUGGUUUUUCAAACCAAAGCCUCUCUCCGUGAACACAUCAUGAUAUUCCAUCACAACGGAUAUUCAUGCCCUUACUGCGGCAGAAGAUUUUGUAGAAAGGCCCUGCUGAAGCGCCACCUAUCGGUACACAGUGGGCGGAAGGAUUACAGCUGUCCACACUGCGACUACGCCACCAGUCACAAGAGCAAUCUGGAAAGACACAAAAAGAUUCAUGAUCGCUCAGCCAAAAUGCCAAUGGUGGAUUCCAAAACGGACUCGAAUGUUUUGUUCCUGGACGAGGAGGAAGUGUCUGUGUUAUCCAGUACCACACGCCAUAGGGAUUCUUCCCCUGCUCCGCCAGAUUCCACCGUCACGUGCUCAGCGAUCGACCUGUCGUCUGCUACAGACAGAAUGAUGGCGGUGAAUGACGUCAUGUCUGAAUCUGAGGACAGUCUAUCUGAAGAAGACGUGGACGUUGAAUGUGGGUAAAUUUUACUGAUCAGA